UAGCCGGGGCCGGAGCGCAGAAGCCGACGGGGCCCAGCCAGGAUGGUGCAGCGGCGGCUCCGCGGCGCACGCACGCACUGAGCGGGCCGGAGCUGGGCCCCGGGCCCCCCGCGCCCCCCGCCGCCCCGAUCCCGGCCGGCAUGAUGUGCCUGGAAUGCGCCUCGGCGGCGGCGGGCGGCGCGGAGGAGGAGGAGGCGGACGCGGAGCGGCGGCGCCGGCGCCGGGGGGCGCAGCGCGGGGCCAGCGGUAGCGGUUGCUGCGGGACGCGGGGCACGGGUGGCGCUGGAGUCGUGGCUGUAGACGAUGAGGUGCAGACCUUGUCGGGCAGCGUGAGGCGGGCCCCGGCCGGACCCCCCAGCAUCCCCGGAACCCCGGGCUGCGCAGCCGCUGCCAAGGGCCCCUGCGCACAGCAGCCCAAGCCGGCCAGCCUGGGCCGCGGGCGGGGGGCAGCCGCCGCCAUCCUCAGCUUGGGCAACGUGCUGAACUACCUGGACAGGUACACCGUGGCAGGCGUCCUUCUGGACAUCCAACAGCACUUCGGGGUCAAGGACCGAGGCGCAGGCUUGCUGCAGUCAGUCUUCAUCUGCAGCUUCAUGGUGGCUGCCCCCAUCUUCGGCUACCUGGGGGACCGCUUCAACAGGAAGGUGAUCCUCAGCUGUGGCAUCUUCUUCUGGUCGGCAGUCACCUUCUCAAGCUCCUUCAUCCCCCAGCAGUACUUCUGGCUGCUGGUUCUGUCCCGGGGUCUGGUGGGGAUCGGUGAGGCCAGCUACUCCACCAUUGCACCCACCAUCAUCGGCGACCUCUUCACCAAGAACACGCGCACGCUCAUGCUGUCUGUCUUCUACUUUGCCAUCCCCCUAGGAAGUGGCCUGGGCUACAUCACGGGCUCCAGUGUGAAGCAGGCUGCUGGAGACUGGCAUUGGGCCCUUCGGGUGUCUCCUGUCUUGGGCAUGAUCACAGGAACGCUCAUCCUCAUCCUGGUCCCAGCCACCAAGAGAGGCCAUGCUGACCAACUCGGGGGGCAGCUCAAGGCACGGACCUCAUGGCUGCGAGACAUGAAGGCAUUGAUCCGAAACCGCAGCUACGUCUUCUCCUCCCUGGCCACGUCAGCUGUGUCCUUCGCCACAGGGGCCCUGGGCAUGUGGAUCCCGCUCUACCUGCACCGUGCCCAAGUUGUGCAGAAGACGGCUGAGACCUGCAAUAGCCCGCCCUGUGGGGCCAAGGACAGCCUCAUCUUCGGGGCCAUCACAUGCUUUACUGGCUUUCUGGGCGUGGUAACUGGUGCAGGUGCUACACGCUGGUGCCGCCUGCGGACCCAAAGGGCCGACCCGCUGGUGUGUGCUGUGGGCAUGCUGGGCUCCGCCAUCUUCAUCUGCCUCAUCUUCGUGGCGGCCAAGAGCAGCAUUGUGGGCGCCUAUAUCUGUAUCUUUGUCGGGGAGACACUGCUGUUUUCUAACUGGGCCAUCACCGCGGACAUCCUCAUGUAUGUGGUCAUCCCUACCCGACGGGCCACUGCUGUGGCCUUGCAGAGCUUCACCUCCCACCUGCUGGGCGACGCAGGGAGCCCCUACCUCAUUGGCUUUAUCUCGGACCUGAUUCGCCAGAGCACCAAGGACUCCCCACUCUGGGAGUUCCUGAGCCUGGGCUAUGCGCUCAUGCUCUGUCCCUUCGUCGUGGUCUUGGGUGGCAUGUUCUUCCUGGCCACCGCUCUCUUCUUCCUCAGCGACCGGGCCAAGGCUGAGCAGCAGGUGAACCAGCUGGUGCUGCCGCCCCAAUCCAUGAAGGUCUGAGGCGGUGCCGCUGGGACAGUGAAGAACUCUUGCUCCCACCUAACCUGGGAAGCGUCCUACGGCAUCCCAGAUCUGUGGAGCUGUCCCAAAGCUUCCUGUGUGACAGACUAGGGAAUGCUGCCCUCUGGUCUGGGACUGCUGAAUGGCCCUGGCUCCAAGAAGCCACAACCUCUGUUAACCUGGAAGACUGUGUGUGUCAGGGGAGGUUGGACAGAUUCUCAGCCCUGGGUUUGGGCUGCAGAGCCCCUGGGUUUGGGCUGCAGGGUCCCUGGGACCAAGGGAGAAGGCACCCCCAAGUAGGUCUAUCAGAAGACCUUGGCCCACCACCAGCUUAUGUGAUCUUGGGCAAGGCCCUGCCUGCCCUAGGUCGUGGGCCCGGGGAGCAGGACUUCCCCACACAGUAUGUUGGGCAAGGCACCAUCUACAGCCUUCAAGACCCAGUAGAUCCUGGACCAUGCAGAGAAGAGACGGCUGGGCCCUCAGGGCUACAGUUCAGGUUCUGAAGCCCUUGAAAGCACCGGGAGCACUUUGGGGUCGCUGGAUUCAGGCGGGCACCUGAGGUGGAACAGUCAUCACAAGGUGCUUUCUGGUCUGUGGCACUCUGGAGGACAUUUGUCUCUGCUGCCUUGGGCUGGCUUUUUCCCUAGAGGCUUCCCAGGUUGGGCCAUUCCUCCAUCGGGAGCUGGCAUCACCAGGGGUGAAGGCCCUGGUGGCAGCCACACACCACCCAUGCUCCAGGUUUGAGAUGUUGGGAACCACCAGCCCACCUCUGCAGUGCUCCCCAUGGGUCCUAGAGCACUUCUGCUGGCUUUCCAGAAGCGAGGGCCCACUCUCCUGCGGGCUGGGCAGGGCUUCUAAAGGAGCGUAUCUAGGGCUGAGCUGCGGAGGGAAGCAGCUAUCCCUCAGUUUCCUGCUUCAGGGGAUGGGUCUUCAUGAAGGAGGGAGCCUAGUGUCCCUGGCUACCAGCUGCUGUGGCUGUCAAGGACACACUCCCAGCGACUUCAUGGCUGAUUCUGGGGGGCUGGGCCUUCUCCCCAGGCUUUGAUCACCCCACUCCCAUCUACACCCCCGCCCCCCUGCAGCCCAAACCAGGUUAUAGCUGUUACCUGCACACCAGCCCCCUGGGGCAGCUUAUGCCCACCACCCCCCCACUCCCUGCACAUCUGCUGCAAUCGCGGUCAUAGGAGACCCCAAGAGCCACCUAGACACUGCUCCCUCUGCCCCUUAGUUACUGGCUGGCUGUGGCUUCAGUGGUGUGUUAGCUAGUGGAAUACCCACCCUUCCAAGCUCUGGGGUACCCUAGGGGCUGGACAAAGGGGUGGUAUCCCCCAAAGACCAGUCUGGCCUCCACCCCACCCUCACCUGGGGCCCCAGCAAUGUUUUCUUGUUGUACAAGAACCAGGUCCAAGUGUUGCCUCCUCUUCCUUCCGGAAGCCAAACUGCUCCUUUAUUUUUUAGAGCUGCUGAUUGUGAAUCUCAGAAUCUUAAGAGAAGCCAAAUAUAUUCCUCUUGUAAAUGAAGAAAUAAACCUAUUUAAAUCAUG